AUGGCUGAGGAAAUCUUCCAAUCAGGUUUUAUACCUUCGGAUUCAGACUUUCGCCAGUUUAAUAUAUAUGGCAACAUUCCUGGCUUGGACAUGGUUCAGAUUGAAAAUGGUUUCGUAUACCAUACAGAGUACGAUGUGAUCGAUGUGAUUCCUCGUGAAUCCUUGCAGAACAGCGGAGAUAAUAUUCUCAGUUUAGUUCGAGGCUUGGUAAAUGCGACCGAGCUGCAUGAUACAGAGGCUCACAAGGGUGGUCAUGCUGUCUUCUUUGAUUUCCUGGGAAUAUACUUUAUACAUUAUUCAGAGACUACAGGAAUAAUAUUGAACUUGACCGUUUCAGGCGCUGCCCUCAUUUUUGUUUUCGUUUCCAUGUGGCGCAUCGCAGCUGUUUCCCACGUAUCCAUUUCGCACGUUGUACGGUGGUUUAUCUUGGUCCUAAUCAUCCAGGUUAUUUCCUUUGGGUUUGGACUGGCUCUACCAAUUGUAGUUUCAUAUGUGUUUGAAGAUUUGGGACUAUCGCUGACUUACUACAGCUCCCCGCUGUUGGUGAUCGGUCUUUAUGUGUGCCCCUCACUCAUUGGCCUCAGUUUGCCCAUAACAAUCUACUAUAGUCUCCAAGGCAACGAUAAAAUAUCAACUGCCUUUCAUCUGCAACUGGCGUUGCAUGCUCAGGCUGUCAUCCUGGCUCUAUUAACAACUGGUCUUACAUUAUUCGGCUUGCGUACUACAUAUGUACUCGUAAUUCCACUCAUCUUCUACGUUUUAUCCUUGGCCCUUAACUUAUUGACUACUCUGCACGAUCGUGGCUAUGCAUGGACGGGUUUCGCAAUGGCGAGCCAACUAAUUCCCUUCCUGCAUAGCAGCUACCUGAUUUAUUUUUUCGUCAGAACCAUAAUUCCAAUGUGUGCUCGCUCUGGUAGUGCUUCCGAUCAGGACGUGUACAUUGCCUUCUUGGGAGCAGUGGGAACGGUUCUUUCCUUUGGUUUCUUGAUCCCGCUUAUUAAUACUUUCCGGCGAGCCAGCUUGGUGAUAUUCUGUUUGCUUGCGACCACAGCUCUCUCCAUUUACUUAGCUAGUAGCACACAGAUCGGAUUCCCCUUUCGACCAAGGACCAACGGACAAAGAGUUGCCUAUCUACAAGUACGAAACAUGUUUUACGAAUACGAUGGUACGCUCAGUAAAGACGAGUCGGGCUACUUGUUCAAUUUUCAAGAUCGACGAGAAGAAACGACUUUCUUGGAAGCAAAGGUCAAUCUGACUGGUUUGGUUAGCAUCAAAUCGAACUGUGACAAGUACAUGAUGUGCGGCAUGCCAUUGUAUGAUUAUCGCUAUGUCCAGAAUAGAUUGCAAAGCAAAUGGUUGCCGCGAUCUGAACCAAUUGUACCACCAGGAUUAACCACAUUGGAGGUCCUGAACAAAACCAGACUUAAUCCGACCACGGUGCGCUUUGAGUUCAAUUUGACAGGUCCCUCGCACAUGAGUGUGUUUAUCAAACCCUAUGAAGAUGUGCAGAUAAGCAACUGGUCGUUCUUGCGCAGUUAUCUUGACAGUCCACCAGCGGCACCUCUUGCAUAUCACAUAUAUUUCACGUACGGCAUUGAUAGCUCUCCAUUAAACUUCUUUUUGGAAUUUACGAAAGCGAAUGGCGAUUUCAAAGUUCCAAUGUUCCAGCUGGCAGUGUCGGGACAUUAUAUUGGCUAUGAGGGCGACGCCCAAAGUGAGAAGUUCGCAUCUUCCUUUCCAUCAUAUGCAAUUUUGGCCCAAUGGCCAGCAUUAUACCAACGAUACAUAUUUUAG